ACGUUGCGCGAUUCCUAUGAGACCUCGUGCGUUUAUCGAUGAAAUAAAAGCAGGAUUUUCCUCCAGUUCCUUUCAGGACGUUAUGACUUUGCUCCAUUUCGAGACAGUUGAGGAAACUGCCAGAGGGAGAGACUCGACUCACCGUCAGGCUGUGUGUUGUUCUCGGGAGCUUGGGGCCUGUGUGUGCCCCGCCCUCCGCAACAUCUUGCUGACAUUUAGAGAGACUUCUGCAGAGCCAUGAGCCCGAAGGCCUGAGCUGCUUCAGAGGAGAGAGGUCCUGUCUCCUGAGCCCCAAAAUGGCGGCUAAGAUGGAGAUAACUUUGAGCUCGCAGUCCCACAUUCAGGCUUCCUCCAAGCCAGAGAGACACAUAAUAACAAAGCUGGAAGACAAACGGGGACCCGCUCUACAAAAAGACCGCCCCGAUCCUGAGCUCUCCCGUCAGAGCUUUCGACGGUUUUGUUAUCAAGAGGUGUCUGGACCCCAAGAGGCACUCUCCCGGCUCCAGCAGCUCUGCCGUCAGUGGCUGCAGCCCGAGCUGCACACCAAGGAACAGAUUUUGGAGCUGCUAGUGCUGGAGCAGUUCCUGAACAUCCUGCCUCCGGAGAUCCAGGCUCGGGUCAGGCAUCGAUGUCCAAUGAGCAGCAAGGAGAUUGUGACCCUGGUGGAAGAUUUUCAAAGAGCAGCCAAGAGACCAAAGCAGUGGGUGGCCGUUUGUAUGCAGGGGCAGAAGGUGCUCUUGGAGAAGACUGGAUCUCAGCUUGGAGAACAGGAACUGCCAGACUUUCAACUGCAAACUCCUAGGAGGUAUCCCAGGGAGAACUCUCUGGAGGAGCCAUCCCAGGCUGGAUCUCAAGAUCAGCUGAGCUCUCAUCAUUGGGAAAAAUCCCCGCUCCUUCAGGAACCAAGCCCCAAAUUGGCUGGCACAGAGGCCCCCAGAAUGAAAAGUGACAACAAGGAAAAUCCACAGCCAGAGGGGGCUAAAGGAGGAAAGCCAUGUGCAAUGUCCCCUGGCAGAUCCAAAGGGAAUGGUCUGCAGAGUCCUGAGCCGAGAGGGGCGAAUAUGAAUGAACCCCGGUUGUCACGGAGGCAGGUCAGCCCCCCGAAUGCUCAGAAGCCAUUCGCUCACUACCAGAGACAUUGCAGGGAACUGGAAUACAUCAGCAGCCCCCUGAAAAGCCACCCACUGAGAGAGCUGAAGAAAAGCAAAGGAAGCAAAAGGAGCCUGAGCAGUCGUUUGCAGCAUCUUGGUCACCAGCCGACCCGCUCAGCAAAGAAGCCUUACAAAUGUGAUGACUGUGGGAAAAGCUUCACGUGGAAUUCGGAGCUGAAAAGACACAAGCGUGUACACACAGGGGAGAGGCCCUACACAUGCGGAGAAUGUGGGAACUGCUUUGGGCGCCAGUCAACCCUGAAACUGCACCAGAGGAUCCACACCGGGGAGAAGCCGUACCAGUGCAGCCAGUGUGGGAAAAGCUUUCGCCAGAGCUCAAACCUCCACCAGCACCACAGACUCCACCAUGGGGACUGAAAGCAGGCUUUGUUCUCUCUGUUCAGAAGGAAGGCAUCUGUGUUUCUCCUUCCCCUUACUUGCAUGUAAAUCACAGACUGUCUGUGUGACUUACAAGGAAAGGAAGAAGUCCCUGAGGAAUGCUGGUGCACGUUUGGCUGCUGAGGAGUCCCAGAAGACACCAAGGGGGAUGUGACCCUGUCGGUGACAGAGUGAAGAGAUGGCAGGUCUGGGUGUUGGGUCAGAGAGAACCGGGGUCUCUGCUGGAGAGCAGGGAGUAACUGCUAAGACAAUCUGGCCAAUCCUGCAGGUUCCCCUGCCCCUUUAUUUAUUCUCUAAACAUGUCCAAGCGUAAAUUACAUAUAUACUUAAUGUACUUGCUAUCAUACCAGACAAUCUUUAUCUCACACACACACACACACACACACACACAGGUUGAGGGAUCUAUUUAUAUGAAAGCACCUUUAAUUUAGGAAGAAAUCUCCACAGCUGCUGCAGCCCCCACCCAGGCAACAGGGGAAAGCUACAACAGGAAAGAAGCACGUAGUGUGUGUAGACAGCUAAGGACAUGCCAAAGGGACCCUUACUACUCUCCUUCCUCACUUAGGCCGGCAGCCUUAAGAAUAACAAAAUGAUUGGGGUGAUGAGUGUUAUAAAAGUAGAUUAUUUCAGUACAUUUACUUAAACUCAUUGAAAUAGGUUAAUUUUAUGAUAUAUAAAUUAUAUCAAUGAAUUUUCUUAAAAAACACAAAAUAUAUUUGUAUAAAAUGUGAAAGUCCUGGAACGAGGCUGGAGAGUUGAUUGAAUUCCAUCCUUUCAUUCUCUCAAAGUAAAAAUCCAAACCCAGUCAGUAGAGUGUUCAGUCACCCAGAGCAAGCCCGCGGACCUGAGUUCAGAGAGGACCUCCAGGAGAUGGGUGCACAGCCUCCAGCAGGAAACGGGUAGGUGGCAUUCUUGCUAAGGCAUCAGUAUCCUCCAGUCACUGCCAGUCACCUCCAGGCUGUGUCCUGUGCUGCAUCCUCACCUCCCAGAGCUCUGCACUCGCUGCUCCCUUUGAUUUUACAACCUGCCACCCCCCACUGCUUCCUCCCUGUCCCAUCUCACAGGAGCAUCCUACUCAGCAAAACCCUCUCUGACCGGUUCCAGGCCGACUUUAUCGUGUCACUCUGUGCUGUACUCCACACACCAGUGGUGCUCAAUCUGGGAGCAGAUUUGCUCCCCCGCCCCCCGCCCCAGCGAGACAUUUGGCCAUGUCUGGAAAUGCUGUUGCUCGUUAUGACUUGGGGGGAGGGA